UGGGUCCCGGAGGAGGGGUGCCGGGCUCCGGGAUGAAUGGGCCCUGCUCCCCUGCAGUCUGCGUAGUGAGGAGAGGGCCUCUGGACCUGAGGAGCUCGAGUGAGCCGCAGUGAGCGCAGUCACUGCCCUACACAGACCGUAAAGAAGCUUCUAGAAGAACAGAGGCGCCGCCAGCAGCAGCCCGACACUAGUGGGUUACCGGCCACACUCACUUCCCCGCCCUCCAGGAGACUGCUGGGUCUGGACUUGGCAACCUGGCUCCCCCCACAGGUGCUCCGGACUGGGAGCCCAGCACACACGCUGCCUACUCGGAUAGUCCCUGUUCCUUCCCUGCUCCUGCUGCUGAGAGCUUCAUGACUCCUGAUUUCUACCCACUUCCUGACCCAGGGCGGCCCAGCCCAUUUCCUCCAGGGAUGGAAGACCCCCUGGAUUCCCGGCUCCAUGCAGAAUGUUCCCUGCCACAGGCAGGAUCCUGGAGAGUUUCAGGGCUCCCCUCAGGAUCCCCACUGUUGCCCCCAUCCACUGGACCCUCCCUGGACACAGCUCGAGCUCAUAUACUGGCUUUGGGACCCCAACAGCUACUAGCCCAGGAUGAGGAGGGAGACACACUCCUGCACCUGUUUGUGGCUCAAGGGCUCCGCUGGGCAGCAUAUGCAGCCGCAGAGGUGCUGCAGAUGUACCAACAUCUGGACAUUCGAGAACAUAAGGGCAAGACCCCUCUCCUGGUGGCAGCUGCUGCCAACCAGCCACUGAUUGUGGAAGAUCUGCUGAACCUGGGAGCAGAGCCUAAUGCCACAGACCAUCAAGGACGUUCUGUCUUGCACAUGGCUGCCACUUAUGGGCUCCCAGAAGUCCUUUCGGCUGUGUUUAAGUCAGGCGUUCAGGUUGACCUAGAAGCUAGAGACUUUGAAGGCCUCACUCCCCUCCACACAGCUGUCCUGGCCCUUGGUGCUCCCAUGAGCCCGCCCAGCCUCUGUCCACAGAUGCUCAGUGCCCAGGCCCGGGACAGGCUGGCUUGUGUGCACAUGCUGCUGCACAUGGGUGCCGAUCAUACCAGCCAGGAGAUCAAGAGCAACAAGACAGUUCUGCACCUGGCUGUGCAGGCUGCCAACCCCACCCUGGUUCAGUUGCUGCUGGAGCCACCAAGGGGAGACCUGCGAGCCUUUGUCAACAUGAAGGCCCAUGGGAACACGGCCCUCCACAUGGCCGCUGCCCUGCCCCCUGGGCCAUCCCAGGAGGCCAUUGUGCGGUACCUGCUGGCAGCGGGGGCAGACCCAACACUGCGGAACCUGGAGAAUGAGCAGCCCAUCCACCUGCUGCGGCCUGGGCCGGGCCUUGAAGGGCUCCGGCAGCUGCUGAAGAGGAGCCGUGUGGCACCCCAAGGCUUGUCCUCUUAGGACUUAAACCCAGAACCUGGACUGAUUUUCCAGUCCCCACCGUCCUGUGGGACAGUCAGCGUAUGCUCAUGUUGCAGAUCUGUGAUACUGUAUGUGGAACAUCCUGCCAUUAGGGUCUUACAUUAAAACCCCCAGAUGGCACUGGAGGGGUGAAUAGUCCCCAAUAUUUGGGGUGGUAUGAUACCCCCUCUCUCCAGAAGGGACCUUUUAGGUGAUUUCUGUGAAAUUGAGGGUCCUUGAUUGUUUCUAUGAAACACCCCAGAAGCCUUUAACCCUCUGCCUAUCUGGAUCCAUCAUGAUCCGCCUCCCUAACUUAGCUCUACAACCCAGAAACCCAUGUGGGAUUCUCCUUCCUGGGAUUCCCAGUACUAGCCCAGCCGAUCUCCUCCAAUGACCUGACCUCCCUGGACUCACAGCCCAGGUCCUAACCUGAUAAGCGUCCUGCUGUUUUGUCAUGUUGAACUCGGUGGAGUUCUUCCCCAGACUCCAUAAUUCCCAGUGAACUGCUCCACUGAAUCUAAGCACCAUUGAAGCUUUAAUAAACUGAA